GAGGGGCGUGGCUCGGAGAGGCACCAGGAGGGGUUGGGAUGAGCUGGGGUUGCAUUUGCAGUGGGGGCGCCACGCGGUUGUGAUUCCUGCUGGGGGGAAAAGGUCGUGUGAGCUAUGGCCUGGCAAAAGAUGCUCUAUUCCUGCUGCCUCUUGACUGUGUGCCUCACUUCUGUCCUGGCUAAGCCACCCCCUGACAAGAAGGACCGCGUCCACCAUGGCCAGGACCUCAGUGACCACACCCAUGACGACAAACAAGAUUUCCAGUAUGAUCAUGAAGCCUUCUUGGGCAAAGAGGAGGCCAAGACGUUUGAUCAGCUGUCUCCUGAAGAGAGCAAAAAGCGAUUGGGGAAGAUUGUAGACCGCAUUGACCGGGAUGGGGAUGGCUUUGUGACUCAGCCCGAGUUGAAGAAUUGGAUCAAGCACACUCAGAACCGCUACAUCUACGAGAAUGUGGACAAGAACUGGAAAGAUUAUGACAAAAAUAAUGACGGACACAUUGCCUGGGAGGAGUUCAAGAAUACCACUUAUGGCUACUAUGAAGGUGAAGCAUUUGACGAUCUUGAAAACAAAGAGACAUACAAGAAGAUGCUGGCUCGGGAUGAGCGGCGGUUCAAGACAGCCGACAAAGACGGAGACAUGAUUGCUACAAGGGAAGAGUUCACAGCUUUCCUUCACCCUGAGGAAUUUGAAUACAUGAAAGAUGUGGUAGUCACGGAAACCAUUGAGGACAUAGACAAGAACGGGGAUGGCCUUGUAGGAGUGGAUGAAUAUCUUGGUGACAUGUAUUCUCCAGAAACAGGAGAACCAGAACCUGACUGGGUAAAGACAGAGCGCCAACAGUUCUUGGAUUUCCGAGACCUCAACAAAGAUGGCAAAAUGGAUCGUGAGGAGAUCGGGCACUGGAUCCUGCCACCGGACUAUGACCAUGCUGAGGUGGAGUCAAAGCACCUCCUCUUUGAGUCGGACAAGGAUAAGGAUGACAAAAUAACCAAGCAGGAGAUUUUGGACAAUUGGAACAUGUUUGUGGGCAGCCAGGCCACCAAUUACGGCGAAGAUCUGACAAAGGAUCACGAUGAGUUGUGAUCUGAGUGGGUUGGGGAGGGGGAAGUGAUCAUGAGAAUGUCCUCCCUUAAUUGAGGGGUAGAGGACACUCCAAAAGGGAAUUGAUUGUCUUAUUUAUUGGUGGAAGGGCCUGCUUGUUAUCUGAGAAGCUAUGGUAGCCGACUUACCCGGGCAGUUGAAAAGGGAAAGUGGCUGGUAGACUUCUCUCUCGACAGUCGUCUUUCUGAUCCAUCCUGUUCAACUGAACACUCCCGUCUCACCGAACACUCCCAUCUCACCAGAGCACUGUGAAGCUUUCUGCACUAUCAAGUUCUCUACAUGCCAAGAGAGUUGGAGAAAAGGAGACUGCUUCCAAUGCAUCCUGUUUGCUCCUCAACACUAUUUCCCCUAGCAUGUAAAGGCCAGCAUGGCUUCACAGCAUUACUUUGGUGAAUUUGCAAGUCAGCAACUCAUUUGCUAAGGUUGCUUACACACCAAGGUUUUUACACCAGUUUGGCAUCCAAGCUGGAGCUUGCUUGGGGUUUUUCUUGGUUUUCUGGAAAGAUUGCAACCUUUGUAUACCAUAUGGAUCACAUCCUUGAAGGUCCAAACUACAUCAUUGGCACUUCAGCCCUCUCAAGUCCCCAGAAGGCUUUUUUAAAAAACUCAGCAAUUGGUAAUUCAUUAUAGCAUCAUAGAAUAACAGUACAUCAAUACAAUGUGUUGCUUAUAGCCUUUUCUACUGUCAAGAUACAAGAAGAAAAGUGUAUAUCUUUGCAAUGAGAAGGUCGAGCAUGUUUUAAAAAGCCAAACUAAGAAUGCAGAGGAAUUUGUGGCAAUAAGCCAUUAUACUACAGUAAUGCUAUAAUGAUCUACCAAUUGCAGUUAAAAAAACAAAACCCUUUAGUGGUACCAGGGAAAAUGAUGAUUGUGGAGACCCAAGGUAGAAACAGCCCUAGUGAAUCCCAAAGUGUUUCCUUAAGGGGAAUGUGCCCUCUUCUCCAACCCAUUUUUCUCCUCUUCGGAGUUAGGAUGCAUGUUUCCUCUUACUACUAUCAGAAAUUCUAUAGGAAAAUGUAGAACAUAUAACCAAGCAGGAGAUUUUGGACAAUUGGAACAUGUUUGUGGGCAGCCAGGCCACCAAUUACGGCAAAGAUUUGACAAAGGAACAUGAUGAGUUGUGAUCUGAGGUCCACACUAAAUGAAUCCACCUACCAGAUUCAUAGUCCCCACCCCCUGGCUUUUUAAGACCAACCAUUUCAUGACAUGCACAUGACAUGUUGUAACCCUGUCUCCCACCCAGUUACUGCUCCCACGAGCUUUUUCCUUCCUUUCCACAGGACAGCAAACUAUCACGGGAGGAGUUCAUUGAGAGCUACCUGCGUUUCCUCAAUGAGGCCAGAAGUUACAAUGAUGUAAUGAAGCAGUUGCGUCCUCACCAAGAACUGUGACCUCACACCUGUAACACUCUGCAUCAGUAAUAAAACUAUUCUCUCCCCCUCC